UAGAUACUAGAGGCACAACCACGCUCAUUGUGCUCACUGCCAUUGCUCUGGUGGUACCGGCCUCUACUUACCUACAAUGCGGCUAUCCUAGAUCAAUGGAAGCUUGAACACGCCACCUUGUAAGUACCUAGGUAAUGUACACACGUUAACAGAGCUUCAAGAAUGUCUCCCCAGACUACCAAGUACACGACAGUACCAGCCACAAAGCUUGACCGUAUCUCUUCAGCUUGUGAUCGACCUGCCAAUUGGGCUAGAAAGCCCGUGUUCAUCGUGUGGUGAAACCCGAAUUCCCCUUGCUGGGGCUUCUGAGUCGUCGACGGCCUCCAGCUCGGGGACUAUGACACCACCAGCCAUGGAGACAUAAAUAUCUUCUGACGGCCCUCUUGGCUGGAGAAGGUGAGCACACCCUCAGAUGGGAUCAAUGUUACCGACGGCCUCAAUGAUUUCGAGGACCACGAAGAGUCUCCAAAGUGUUCAACCGUCUGUCCGGCAGUUAACAACAAGAGCUUCUCCAUCGGGUUUCAAACUCCAGAGCCCGAUCUCACCCUCAUACCCCCGGGAAGUCAGGUUUACUCAGUCUUUGCCGGUGUCAACGGCUUCCGAGUCUGUAUUAAUAAGUCCAAGGCAACAACUACAACAGCCCUCGUAUAACUUGAACACCACACUAGAUCGGACCACACAUUCCACCCGUCGUUCUCCUAUAACAACUACAACAACAAUAAUCAUGGAGCCGAGAGUACACACCCUCUUUGAACCCUCCACCGGCACAUGGCAGUACGUCGUGGCGGACGAAGCCACCAAGGAGGCCGUCAUCAUGGACCCGGUUUUGGAUUACGACAAGAACACGGGAAGAGUCAGCACUCACUCUGCCGACAAGAUUCUGGACCUCAUCACGCAGCACGACUACACCGUCUCGCGGAUCCUCGAGACGCACGCCCACGCCGACCACUUGACCUCGUCUCGCUACCUCCAGAGCUCACUCUUGCAGCGCCGGCCCUCCCGUGCCCUUCCCCAGAUCUGUAUCGGUGAACGUAUUCGACAGGUUCAGGAGACAAUGUCCAAGAAGUACAACAUCCCGGCGUCAGAACUCGAGUCUGCCUUUGACCACCUCUUCACCGACGAUGAGACCUUCAACAUCGGCAACCUCGAGGUUCAAGUCAUCCACCUCCCCGGACACACGCCAGAUCACAUCGGGUACGUCAUCGGCUCGAACGUCUUCACCGGAGACUCGAUCUUUAAUCCGGACGUCGGGUCCGCUCGAUGUGAUUUCCCAGGGGGCUCAGCCACGGAGCUCUACCGGUCCACGCAGAAAUUGCUAUCCCUCCCGGGCCAUUACAAGUUGUACACGGGUCACGAUUAUCCCCCGGAAACUCGAAGUCUCCCGUGUGGUGAGCAACAACAACAACAACAGCAACAACAUGUGGCGGCCCACGUAAAAGCCGUACCCUUCACCACGGUCGAGACCCAGAGGAACGAGAACAAGCACGUCAAGAUAGGCACCACCAUGGAAGAGUUUGUUGAAUGGAGGUCACAGCGAGACAGCGGCUUGGGAGACCCCAAACUGCUGGGCCCUUCGUUGCAGGUCAACGUCCGGGGUGGUCGGUUGCCGGCAUCAGAUACGUCCUCGAUGAGCAUCACUGAUGUUCCCACGGGUGUACCUCGAGCAUCAAACCCUACUACUACACCCACCACUACAUCUACGUCUGCUACACUAACGACCGCCAUGCCUCAUAUUUCCCCAGUUCAUUGAUAAUUAGCCGGAGUUUCUGUUUACGGUGUAUGGAAAUAAUUGAUCGAUGGAUCACAACGCAAAACGAGGUUUCAUAGUCUACAAAUUGUGCUCUGAUGUCACGGAAAUAGUGCAUAGCUGUUGUUACAGAGUCUAUAUCUAAAUUGUGUCUCUUUCACGUGGUAGUAUACACAGUAUAAGCACC